GACAGGUCACGAACCUGUCGCCACCUCGUGGUGAUGAGAGUCCAGUCCUUACACGCAGCAGAAAGACGGAGUAAUAAAGUCUGGUCUGGUCCAAAAGUUAUGUUGAGAACCACAUCGAUGGACGUUUUUGAAGCAAAUAUCUAACAUAAUAAUUCAAACCAAGCGUUACAGUCUUUUAACGUCGUUCAUCUGUGUGUUUUGGAAGGUAAACAAAGCCAAUCGGCGACAGGUGAGCGGCAGAACAGGUUUGAAAAGUGAUGGAUUCAUCAAAACUUAGAAAGUUUGUUCUAAGAAGCACUUCAGCAGUGUCACUUAAUGAGCGCUUCUCUCAGGUCCUUGUGGACCAGCUGACCCAGUCCAGGACGGUUACUUUGGACACCAUCAUGGUGCCCAGCAGCCCACCUGUGGUUCUGGUGGUGAACAAGGGGGCGUCUCUGCUGCCACGCCUGCAGGUUGCUGGUUUCUCUGCAAGAGUGAAGCAGCGUCGGAGGAGCAUCUGGACCCGGCUUGGCUGGCAGAAGGUGUCUCAGCACCCCCGUACCCCCAAACCUCGAGGGUUCUGGAGCUUCAGGAACAAGUACAAAUGGAGAUUCAGGUUUCGGUCCACCUGCAGGCGGUGCAGUAACCUGCAUAUUCAACUGGGCCAGCAUCGUCCGAUGACCAAGACCAACAUCCGGAAUCCAACUGCAGGUAAGAAGCCGACGCAGCACCUGCAGACGGACGCAGCCCCUGCCUCUAAGGGGCGGGGCCAGAGAAAGCAUGGCGCACUGACCAGGAAGCGGCUGGACGCACAGCUGGAUGAGUACAUGUCUAAGUCUAAGAGCAGGCUGGACCAACAACUUGAAGACCACAUGUCCAUGUCAAGGCAGCGACUGGAUGCUGAGUUGGAUGAGUACAUGUUGAUGGCUGGAAAGGCAGAGCUACACUGGGACUAAGACAGGGACUGGUUUCUGGUUCUGACUGAACCAGAAUUGUUUUGGCUGAACUCUUUAUUUUAAUUAAGUUGACAAGUUAACAGCAUCCAAAGGGAUACAGACGUCUACCAUUUUGUUUUCCAAAGUGAGCUGUGUUUACUUCACUCACUUGUGUGUUAUACCUUGUUUAAAUGGUCAGAUUGUGUUAUUGUUCAAGUAUUUAAUUAAACAUGUGACCUGUUGAAUCACA